AAACUGUUUAUUGUUAUUGCUACAUUUUCUAAUAAAUAUUUAUGGGAAAUUAUUUAUUGUCUUAUUUAUUACUAGCUAUUUUAUUACCGAAAUAAAAUUUUCUAUUCAACUUAUACUUCAACAACUAAUUCUAAUAAAUCAUAUGGAAAACGGUAUCACGAUGUCGAAGUAUUUUUAUAUUUUCAUUUUGACUUUGAGUAUUUGCCUCUUUAGCUUCGUUGUCUCGACUGCACAGACCGAAAAUCAAAAUAGCGAUACUGCAAAUCCUGACGAUGCUUCCUCAGAACACAUAAGGGUGAAAAUAAGGAAAGACGUAGAGGAAAUGAUCGAUAAAAUACCAAAAUUGAGAUCGGCGGAUUUAUUAACGGAAGAUAAUGUUUUUGUAAAUUUAAAACCGUAUUUGAGCAAAUUGGACAAUCAGCAAAUGGAACAAUUCAAAUCGAAAGUACAAGAAGUUAUGAGAAAAGUAGAAAAAAUAAUGACAUAACCUCGUAAAAAGUUUAUGAUAAAAUGAAAUAUUCAGGUGUAAAAGGUAUAAAAUAAAAAUCCGUACAACAAGAA